UUCCUUCUUUUCUCUUUGUAUUUUUUUCAAACCUCCGAUCACUAUUUAAAUUAAUUUCUUCAUCCAAAUUUUAAUUUACACCAAAAUUUGGUACUUUACCUCCACAAUAAUGGAGGGCAACUCUCAGAAUUCUAAUUCUCCCGUUAAGCUUAAUAAAUUAGAGAAUUCAAAGGCUAGGGUUUCUGAUUCUCCCCAGAAUGAUGCAGGACUAGAUAGUUCUAAAGAGUACUUCAAUUCGGCCGGCGCUGUUGGACUUGGGAUGCAAAAGAUGACUAUUUCUGGAGAGGAUGUUCCUGGGAGUGAUGAGGAGACGAAGGAAGUAGUACAAUCUAGCGAGAAAAUUACGGGAAAAUACUUUUUUUAUGACUCGCCGCAUUAUGAGGAAACUGGGGUGUGGAUACCUGUCUCUGUUCCUCCCUUGUCGGGAAGUGAUCAUGAAGAGUGGAGUCGAGGAUUUCACUUAAAUGGUGAUUAUUUUCCGGAGGAUGACAUGGGUUGGAAUCAGUACUUUGAAGGAGAAAAGGAGUUGACCAUGUGGGAUGUGAUAGCGGAAAUGCUACUUGUGGCUCGUGGAAAAGUUGGUUCUAUUGCUUCAGGCGAUAUUUAUAAGGGUAGUUUAUCGUGGGUUUCAAGCAAUUUACUUGAGAAAGCUUGGGAAGAGAUGGCUCAAACUCUCACGGAAGCUAAUUUUGGUAAAGUGGCGGAGAUUCUUGAAGCAGACCCGCCAAAAUGGUUGGCUGAUAGUGCUGCCUCUUGUUGCAUGCUGUGUGGUGUUCGCUUUCAUCCGAUUAUGUGCUCCAGGCAUCACUGCAGAUAUUGUGGAGGAGUGUAUUGUGGUGAGUGCACUAAAGGAAGGAGCUUGUUGCCAGUAAAAUUCCGUAAAGCAGAUCCCCAACGAGUCUGUGAUGUUUGCUGUGUGAGGCUUGAGUCUGUUCAGCCAUACCUGAUGGACCAAGUAAGCAAUGCUGCCCAGUUGCCAACCCAUGACUUGACAGACCUUAGUACUUUGAGAUCCUGGGUUAAUUUUCCAUGGGGACAGUCCAUGGAGUAUGAAAUUUACAAAGCAACAAACACAAUUCAGGGUUAUUAUAAGGCAGUUUGUUUAAAACCUGAAAAAUCAAUUCCAGAUUUCAUUCUCCGACAAGCAAAAGGGCUAGCAAUCAUCACAAUCGCAAAAGUUGGCAUGAUGGUAACUUACAAUAUCGGUACUGGGCUUGUAAUUGCUCGCAGAGAAGAUGGUUCAUGGUCUCCUCCCUCCGCCGUAUCAUCAUUUGGCAUGGGAUGGGGAGCUCAGGCUGGAGGUGAAUUGACAGAUUUUAUCAUUGUGCUGAGAACAAAUGAUGCUGUGAAGACAUUUUGUGGUAAUGCACAUCUUUCAGUUGGAGCUGGUUUGAGCGCUGCAGUCGGUGUUGUUGGACGGGCUCUUGAAGCCGAUCUGAGAGCUGGUGAUGGUGGUUAUGCUGCUUGUUAUACUUACAGCUGCAGUAAAGGAGCUUUUGUUGGAUGUUCACUUGAAGGGAGUAUAGUCACCACACGCUGGAGGGAGAACUCCAGAUUUUACGGAAGCCAAUCAAUAACUGCAUCGGAUAUACUUCUCGGCUCAUUACCAAAGCCACCUGCUGCUGCCACGCUCUAUCGUGCGCUUGCAGACCUAUCUCAAAAAUUUGAGAGGUGAUUGUUAAUCGGUGAUGAGUACCGAUGAAUCGAUAUUGGGAGAAGUUUGUUAAUUACCAUUCUUUAUUAAUGUGAAAGGGGUGAUUGUGUACAGAUUCUUCGCUUGGUCUUCUCCUGAUGGAAGAAAAGGGGUUUAUACAUGAAGUAGAUGUAAUGACACUGUAUAUAAUGAUAAUACAAUGUGUUAAUAACCUAAACCUGGGAAUACCUAAAUGUGAAUAUAAUAGUCGCAUACUUUUUCUUUUUCUUUUGUAAAUUUGGAUUUAUUUGAAGACAGAAAAUAAAAAGGAAGUGGAUAUAGAAAUGAUUCUCUA